CAAACAUGUACUUCUUCUAAAGAUAUUCCUAGGAAAUUAUUAUUCAUGGUAACUUCAAUUUUUCUUCAAACUUAAAAAAAAUAAAAAAAAUAAAAAAACUAGAUUGUAACAGAAAAAAAAUUAUAUUGGUCAUGAUUGGAUCAUGGAUGGUUAGAUUUGGCCUCAAGCCAUGAAAAGGAGAAGAAAGAAGUGGCUGAUGAUGAGAAAGAAAAAUAAAAAGAUGAUAUUGGGGAAGAAGGGGAGGAGGAGGAGGAGGAGGAGUAGAAGAAAGAGAGGAAGAGGUAAAUCUCACAUACACACACCUCGCUAACACCUAACUUAGUAGGUGAUGUGUGUGCUGUUGUUGUCUUGUGUGGACCAAAAACAAAACGAAACAAAACAAAAAAAUCACACCUAAUUUAGAAAUGUUGGGUUGUUAAAUAAAUGCACCUAAUUUUAGAGUUUCUGAUGAAUAUUUUAAUUUUAUUUUAUUUAUAUAUUGUUCACUUUCUUCCUCUUUUUCUCCGCCCAGGCCAGCAGCCACUCUCUCUCUCUCUCUCUCUCUCUCUCUCUCUCUCACACGCACACACACACUCUCACUCUCUUUAUUUUCCCGGAAAAUCUCGGUUUUCCUGAGAAAAAACAAAAGAAAAGAAAACAUUGGGGAGAUGAUUUCGACUAGGUCCGUUUUGCGCGGGCAGCUAAGACCGUCGGUUGCUGUGUUGCACUCUUCAUUUUACUCUUCUUUAUCAUCUGCAGCUGCAAUUCAAGCUGAGAGAACAAUCAGACAAGGCCCCAGAAAUGACUGGAACCGCGACGAGAUCAAGGCCGUCUAUGGCUCUCCUGUUCUCGAUCUCCUUUUCCACGGGGCUCAAGUUCACAGACACACGCAUAAUUUUAGGGAAGUGCAGCAGUGUACUCUCCUCUCUAUCAAGACUGGUGGAUGUAGUGAGGAUUGUUCGUAUUGUCCUCAAUCGUCCCGGUAUGACACAGGACUCAAGGCCCAAAAGCUUAUGACAAAGGACGCUGUCAUGGAGGCAGCACAAAAGGCAAAAGAGGCUGGAAGCACACGCUUUUGCAUGGGUGCUGCAUGGAGGGAUACAGUUGGAAGAAAGACAAACUUUAACCAGAUCCUUGAAUAUGUAAAAGACAUAAGGGGUAUGGGAAUGGAGGUGUGCUGCACCUUAGGCAUGCUAGAAAAGCAACAAGCUUUGAAACUCAAAGAAGCAGGCCUGACAGCAUACAAUCACAAUCUUGACACCUCUAGGGAAUAUUACCCAAAUGUCAUUACCACAAGGACCUAUGAUGAGCGCUUGGAAACCAUUAAGUUUGUCCGGGAUGCAGGAAUUAGUGUGUGUUCAGGAGGAAUAAUAGGGCUUGGAGAAGCUGAGGAGGAUAGAGUUGGUUUGCUUCAUACAUUAGCAACACUCCCAUCUCACCCAGAAAGUGUUCCCAUCAAUGCACUGGUUUCAGUGAAAGGCACACCUCUUCAAGAUCAGAAGCCAGUUGAAAUUUGGGAGAUGAUACGAAUGAUUGCCACUGCCCGUAUAGUCAUGCCAAAAGCAAUGGUCAGAUUGUCAGCUGGCAGAGUAAAGUUUUCAAUGCCAGAGCAGGCAUUGUGCUUUCUUGCUGGUGCAAAUUCGAUAUUCACUGGUGAGAAGCUAUUGACUACUCCAAACAAUGAUUUUGAUGCUGAUCAACUCAUGUUCAAGGUGCUUGGUCUGAUUCCCAAAGCUCCCAGUUUCUCUGAGGAACCAGCAAAGGCGUAUGAGGCAGAGGCUUGUGAGGAAGCUGUUUCCAGUUCAGGCUGAAAUUGCUAUACUAGGAGAUUGUUGGUCUGUAGUUUCUUACAUUUUUUGAGCUGUAAUUUUAGCGUUAGUUUGUAGCUGAAAGAAUUGUACUCGAAGUAAAAUUCAGUUAGAAAAUAAAAGCGAAAUUUAGUAAGUCGAUGAUUA